CCUUUUCCAACGCUCUCUGAAACCGGCCAUCCAGUGAGGUUUCAGACUUUACCUAGUGCAGGCAUCUUGCUGGGUUGAGCUUAAAGAAAAAGACAUGUGGUGCAUAUGAAAUGAAUGUUCUUCCUUGAGUAGUGUUCAGUGAUAUACAUGCUUAUAUAUUUUUUGUAGCGUAUGACCUUGAGAAAUUCGCUCAAGAAGUUCUCUUGUGCAAGUGAUGGGUGCGUUAUAGCGAGGAUAUAGUAUUUCUUAAAGAUCAUCUCUCUGGCUCAAACAUGAUUAAAACUGUAGUGAAAUGAAAUAAAUUGGAAAUUCGUGAUAGCUUUGUGUUCCCUGAAAAUAUGCAAUAUUGCGCGAAUGAUUUUCCUAUAAUGAACGCACAGUAGGAACUAGAACGCAGUGUACCACGUGACCUCGAGGAACCAAUCACCGGCCUUAUAGCGUACCACGUGACCACAUUCGACCAAUCAGCAACCUUGUUGUGGUCCUGUUCUGGGAAUAGACUUUAGUCAUCCAGACCAAAAUACGGGAGGAAGUUACUCUUAUUUUCUCUCAAGAUUUCUAUUGGUCUCGGCGUUGACUGCCCAUCAUGAGUGUGUAGGCAAGUGUGACAGAAGCCUACGGUCAAAGGAGGUGUUUGAGGCAUGGCUGACCCAAUGUUUGUUGCCCAGCGUACUUCCUCCAACCAGCUUUCUCUCAACAUUAGUGACGUCAUUGAUAUUAUUGGCCAAGAUGACCCUGAUUAUGCAGCAUCAGCCAUUUCGGUGUAUGGAGGGGUACAGAUGGGAGGAGGGGGAGGAGGAGGGGCUGCAAGUGAAGCAAACUUUUCUACCAUUUCCUCUGCGAGUAGACCUGACCCCGAUCUGGAGAGCAAACGUAAAGCCUAUGUACGUAUUAUAGAACAGCCCCAGGCUAAGGCACUCCGUUUUCGUUAUAUUUGUGAAGGACGUUCGGCUGGAUCAAUACCAGGAGUUCGAAGUACAACAGAAAAUAAAACUUACCCAGCUAUUCAGGUGGUAGGAUACAAAGGACCUGCUGUGGUGGUGGUGUCCUGUGUCACUGUUGACCCACCUUACCGACCCCACCCACACAACUUGGUGGGGAAGGAAGGAUGCAAAAAAGGCGUGUGUACAAUGACCAUUAACAAUGACUCCAUGCAGUGUGUCUUUAGCAACUUGGGAAUCCAGUGUGUCAAAAAGCGUGAUGUGGAAGAUGCCCUCAAGUUACGAGAGGAGAUUAGAGUGGACCCUUUCCAGACUGGGUUUUCUCAUCGUAACCAGCCACAGAGUAUUGACCUUAAUGCUCUGAGAUUGUGUUUUCAAGUAUUCCUUGAGGGAUCAGAAAAGGGAAAAUUUACCUUCCCUUUAAAACCACAGGUUUCAGAUCCAAUUUAUGACAAAAAGGCCACAUCAGAUCUGAUUAUCUGCAAGCUCAGUGACUGCACGAGCAGUGUGGCUGGUGGCAAAGAGAUUAUUCUCCUCUGUGAUAAAGUUACUAAAGAGGACAUUCAUGUCCGCUUCUAUGAGGUCAAAGAUGGAAUGAUAGAAUGGGAAGCCUUUGGUGACUUCCAAGCUUCUGAUGUCCACAAGCAAGUGGCCAUUUCGUUUAAGACUCCCAGAUAUAAAACUCUUGAGAUAGAGAACCCCAUAAAGGUGUACGUGCAGCUGUUGCGACCAUCAGACAAGAGUACCAGUGAGCCACGGCCAUUCCAGUAUUUGCCUCUAGACUCAGAUCCGCAGUACCUAAAGAGAAAAAUGGCCAAACUUGGCAACAGUGCAAAUACAGAGAAGAUUAGUCGUUACCUUGCAGAAAACAUGGCUGGCACGGUAUACGGGGACCGAGGUGCAGCAGGCCAAGGGCAGGUCUCUGGGGCUGUUCCACGACCCAUCAGAGUAGCCUCGCGCUCCUCAAGACUCUCGGAUAAGAUAAAAAUGGAGCCUCCAGAUGUGGGCUCUCCACUCUCCCCUGGGGGACAGGUGUCCCCUGCUCCUCCUGGUGUCAUGGGUGGACAUGUUGUGAAGCCUCCAGUUUCACCACAACACUAUGGUGGGGGCACUAUGUACACAGUGUCACCUCCUGGUCCAAGUCCAGGCCAGCCAGGAAUGUAUUACCCCCAGCAGUCUCCUGGCAAUGCUAAUAACCUGGCUAUGCCAGUGGGUGCCAGCCCAGCAGCUGGAGCCACACGAGUACCAUCUCCACACCAGCACUAUUACAUGAACCCGGGCAUGAGACCACCUUACUCACCAGAGGCUCCAGUUGGUGCUGUUGCUGUCAGUACUGGUUACACUCCAGUUGUAUCAGACCCACAAGGUCCAGCUAUGUCCCAGUUAUUGGACUUGGAUUCUCAAAAGUGCAUUGACCAGAAUCCCAUUGAGCUAGAUAUGAGCAACAUAAAUUCUGCUGAAUUGCGGUCAUUACUACCCAGUGAAAAUGACUUUAAUGCAUCCAUGGUGGAUGCACAUUUAUCAGAGAAUCUCUCUUCCACUCUCAACAUCAUAGAUCAACCACCACACCUUAUAAACAAGCUAAAUAGCAAAUCCAGUUUGAACUCGGGUUCUUACAUAGCCUACAUGCAAAACAUCCCACACAAUGUUCCGCCUCAGGCAAAGCAAGAGGGUUCAGCACCUGCAACGGGCUCUGACAGCUUCAACAACCUCAAGAGUGAAAUAGAGCUCCUCAAUCAGCUGACAUCCAAGCACUGAUGUUUUUUUUUCAUAUCUUACUGUUUGACACUUUAUGCAUAACAGUUAUUGGUAUCACAAUUACAAUUAUUACUAAUAAUUGAACAUUUUGUUUGAAAAUAGAAACAAUAGGUUCAGAUGAUAGCCAUUGGUUAUAAAGCCUGCAAUGUAAACACACAUGGGUACUGAAUAACUUUACAUAAGGAAUUCACUAGUAUACAUUGUAGUUCUCAUUCUGUGUCGUGUUCUUUUUUGUUUGUGAAGACCAGUUUUUUUCUGUUCUGAUAGUACCACAAAUGUAGAAUUUGAAAUUAGUGUCAGAUAGAAAGAAAACAAACAGAAAAAGAGGAUAUUCAAACGGAGCUGUAUAGAAACUGUCACAUAG